AUGAUAAUUUUAUUGCUGAUUUAAACAUGCUACAGUUCCAGUUUAUUUGACAACUCAACUAAUAAUAAUAUUACCGACCUAUUCACUAGAUGUAAAAUGAAAGGAGAGAAUUAAGACAAUCUAUUAUUUCAAUGUUCAUAAUUAAAUGCCUUAAUUCCAAAAUCAUAAUUAUUUGAAGAAUCUAUAUAUAUUUAUUCUUUCAAUAAAACAGAAGAUGUAUAACUAAGCAAUAUGCUUCUAAGUGAAUUACUUAUAGAUCCAGAGACUCAAUCUUAUUAAAUUAAAUUACUAGUUUUAUAUAAUUCAUAUUAUGGAGAUUUGUUGUAAAUGAUUUAAUCCCUUUCAAUAAAUAAAUAUUAAUUCUAUAAUUACUAAACAACUGUAAUUGAUGGAACUUUGAAUAUGAUUGGACUUCUAAGUAUAUAUAUAAUAUUCUAUAAAUAGUGAGUCAUGUAAAUGAAAAUUAUAUUACAUGUUAUUUUAUUCCAAUCCAUCCAAGUAGAGUGAAUUCUUUUCCAUUAAAGGCACAUAACUUUUCUUGUAAUUCUACAUGUGAAAUAAGAGGAUUUUCAUAAUACUAUAAUAAAUAAAGAAAUAGUCUAAUUAUUUUAAUUGCAGAAGAAGAUAUUUUAAAUCUAUUGGAGUACUCUUUUAUGGAUUAAUAAUUGAGAUUUGUUUCACAAUACUACAUUUCAGAAUUCCUAGAUAAAAAUGAUAUUAUUUUGAAGACUUAAUAAUUUGAAGAUUAUUUACUGGUUGAAUUAAAAACUUGUAAAGCAUUAUUUCAUAUCUCUUCCAUUAUUUUUGAAGUUCAACUAUUAUAUAUAUUCUCCAAAUCUUCAAUUUUUGUUGAUCAUAAAACAAAUCUAAUAUUUUAGAAAUCCUAUCAAUAAACAUAUGUUUAUUCUAUAGACAAUAAUCCUUAUUGGUUAAUUUAAAAAUAAGUUAAUUAAAUAUAGAUUUUAGAUGUUCCUUUUACUAGUUCUAUAAUUGUUUAAAAUGAUAGGUAAUUCAUUUUUAUUUAUGAUAAUUUCCAUUUAAUAAAUGUAUAAAUAGAUAGAAAUCUAAAUAUCAAUCAAGAAAACAAUUGUUUUAAUAAAUUUACUACAUUUCCAUAUCCAAACUCUUAAUCCUUAGAAUAUUAAUUCUAAUUCUUAGGAGAGAAAGUAGAAUAAAAUAAUACUAAAAUUCAACCACUUGAAGAAUUAUAAAAUUAUACAUCAUGUAUUAAACCAUGCAAUCUUUUAUAUUUUAAUUAUGAGAUCUCUUUAAUUCCAUAUGAAUAAUAAUGUAUAAUUUCUGAAUUAUAUUAAUAAUUUACUGAUUAUUGCAGUCUAUAAAAUAAUUGUAUGAAAUGUAAUAAUUAAAUUGGAUGUAAUUGGGAAAAUGAUUUUUGUCACAAAGAAACUCAAAUGUAUUAAAUUGAUUUAUCAUCAAAUGAGUAAAGUUCUAAAUGGUAUUAUGGUAAAUUAUGGAGAUGUGAAGAAAUGCAAUAAUAAUCUUCUUAAGCCUUUUGUGGUUAUAAUUAAACUGAAUUUUCAUAAAACAAAGAAUUUAAUUAUUAAGGAUAAAUUAGAAAAGGGUAAAUGUGUUCUUGGUUUUUUGAUGCUAAUGAAUUAUAGUAAUUUAAUUUGUUUUUUAAAGCUGAUCUUGUGAAUAUACCUUCUUUCAUUUAGAUAUCAAUUUGUUUAGGAUUAAAUAAAAAUGAAAUUUGUACAUAAAUGAAUUUUGAACCAUUAGAUCUCAAUUAAACUUAAACAUAUCCUUUUAAAGGAUAUUAUUUUAGAUAUACAAUAAUAUUUAUAGAAGAUAAUUUAGCUAACAAUAUCUAAUUUUCAUUUUAAAAUUCUGCUCCAAUAUCAAUGGCAGAUAGACUCAAAUAAUCACUAUUAUAAAUGUUAGCUUGGUUAUUUUGUGGAAUAUUGUUAUUUUGCAUAAUGGGAUAUAUGGCUAAAAGAAGACUUUAAUAUUUAGUAGCUUAGACUAUAGAUAAUGAUCUAAUAUAAGUAAUUAUAUUAAUUAAUAAUAAUAGAUGGCCCCUUAUAUGUAGAAUUAAGUACCAUUGUCUAUUGAUAGAUUGAAAAUUGUAAUGCAGAAUUUAAUUGAUUAAGAAAUUAUUACUAAAUAUCCAUCUGAUCCCUCAUUAUUAUUAUAUGGAGAGGAUUCAUGUGCUUUUUGUUUUGAUUAAUUUGAUGUUUCUCAAUUUGUUGCUUAAUUAUUUUGUGGACAUGUUUAUCAUUAUGAUUGUUUUGAAGAUUGGAUAAGAAUUAAAGGAAUGUUAGAUAAAUGUCCAAUUUGCAAUUAGAAAGUGGAUCAUUUUUUAGCAAACAAAGAAGAAUUUGCAAUUAUUAAGUCUUAAAUUUUGGUUAGAAUAAAUGAAUCAGAGAAACAUACAACUCAUUUAAUUGAAUGA